AAUUUUAUAAAUGUAAUGAAAGAAUUGAAUUUAUCUUUUUAGUACCGUCUUAAUGCAGUCGAAUGUUGAUAACUCAAAUCUGUAAGUGGUGGAUAAAAAUUUGAUUUGUAUUUUUUGUGUUUUAUACCUAUCGUAUCGUUUUACACCGACUAUCUGUUAAAAAUAUUUUUACCGAAUUUAUUUAUCCUCCAUUCCUGUUUAUUACUUGUAUUAACUACGGUUUAACACAUUUAAACGUUAACUAUCCAAGAAACACGACAUCUGACACUAUGGAGACUGAUCGAUAAGUUGAAUAAGUAAGGUAACAGCAAUUCGAAAUCGAAUUAAACAUGAACAGUUCACUGCUGUUCCUAAAACGUGUUAUCGAAAAACAUGUAUCAUGUAAAACACACAAUGGUUCAUCAUACCCAAAGCGAUGGGCACGAGACGUGUGUGUGCUGAGGAGAACGCUCUGAUCAGCGUUAUCGCGAUGCUCGACCACUCGACGUUUGACUGCGCCCACAACUAGAGUAGGGCCAUAAUAUAUAAUAAUAAAAUUGUAUUAUCUAUGACCCUGGCCGAAAAUAUUAUACUCAUUCGGUAGUAUUGUUUACUUAUUUUAUUGUUUUAUUAACGUCCGUGACUGCGACGUAGGUACCUCGACCAUAUAAAAAAUUCAACGUCGCCAUGGUGUGUUCGACGACCUCUCUCAAUGUAUAUUGUACUCGUAAACGGCUUAGAAUGAUUAUUACUGUUGGCAUAUUUACUCGGACGUGACUUGUACGAUUUUCACAGUGUAAAAGUGUACUACACUCAUGUCGGAGCACGGUAGACUUGUUUUAAAGUAUAUCUAUAAGUCUAUUGUUAGGAACCCCUUGUCUUUAUAGUAAUAUAUUAUUAGCGAACGUAGAAUUUAGAUGGGUGGGCACUUUUGUAAGACGACGUCCGUCGCCAACGAAUAAUGUGUGUAGUACAUAAGUCAGUCGUAAAAUAGUCUUAGACUCGAUUACUGUGUGAACACUUAUUAUAAAAAAUAUAAAUAUUGAUAUUAUUUUAAUUCAUUGCGUUAAAAUUCUAUUCCUAUAAAAUAAGUUUUAUUGACGUACUGUAGUACUUUCAAGGGAGCGAACUCAUUCUUAACAGAGGAUAACAACUCAAAUCGUCCACGAGGGAACAAAUUCAAGGAUUGAGUUCAUUCAUAAAUAUACAUCAAUACUACUGCUGACAUUUCGAAAUGAAGAACAUCUAUGGCAUACUUCUUUUGCUAUGUAUUAAUCUCGCUUGUUUUCAAAAAUCGGAAUCUAUAUCAAAUAUUACACGAAAAAUUGUAAAAGAUAUUGGGGAUGAAGUGUAUUUGGAUUGCUCAACCAUAAAUAACCCAGAAGUCAAUGUUGUAUGGGUUAAGGUUGCAAAAGAUCAAAUUGAUGAAUCUAUUGUACUUUCGUCUAAAAGUACACUUAUUGUCGAUGAUCCAAGAGUGACAUUGAUAUCAGAAUUAAAGCAAGAUAGCAAUCGAUACAUUAUACAUAUUCAUAAUAUUCAGGAAAGUGAUACCAGUAUUUAUCGCUGUGAUGUGAUAACUGGGAUUAACGAAAAAGUAUCUUACUACACCGAGUUAUUGGUGGGUAGAUCACCAUUUUUUUAUGAUAACUCCACCAAAUCAUUAGUUGUAGUAGAAGGUCAAUCAGUGCAGCUUGCAUGUUUUGCUGGUGGAUAUCCUACUCCAAGAGUUUUCUGGUGGAAACGUAAAAAUGCAAUUUUAUUUAUAGGUAACAUUUUGAAAUUGUCUGCUGUAAAAAAAGAACAUCGUGGAGAUUACUACUGUAAAGCGGAAAAUAAUGUUGGGAAUGGUACCAGCCAUAAAAUUUCCUUAGAAGUAGAAUUUGCUCCAGUUGUAACUGCUCUAGAAACUAGUGUGGGACAAGCUGUACUUUAUGAUGCAUAUCUUGAAUGUCAUGUUGAGGCGAAUCCUCAACCAGCCAUCACUUGGAUAUAUAAUGGAGUAGAAUUAUCUAAUAAUCAACAUUACUUGAUAUCAGAUUUUGCUACUAAUGACAACAAUACGGACAGUUUUUUACUAAUUAUGAAAAUUAAUUAUGAACUUUAUGGUGAAUAUAUUUGCAAAGCAUCAAAUUAUUUAGGAACUGCUGAAAUAGCAAUUACUGUUUAUGAAACGCUGUUACCACAAUGCCCUCCUGCCUGUUAAGAUUAUUCGACAAUGUAAGCUGCUGUUUCGUUUUAGUUGUAGCUGUUUACCCGUAUUAUAUUAAUUGUAGAUUCAAUUAUUAUUUUCCUGUCCAAAAACAACGUAUUAAUAAUGAAAUAAUAAAAUUCCAAAAUAACAUAAUAAUAAUUUCCCUUUAUAAUGAACAAUUUAAAAAGAUACCAUUUUAUAUAACGUCUAAAUUAAAUAUAUGAUAAGCUUGUAAUGUAUUGUUUUAAUGUAUUUAUUCAAUAUUAUUUAAAAAAUUAUGAAACUGAUUAAAUCAGUUGCAACGAAAAAUUGUUAGCCUAAAGCCUUUUAAGAUAUAAUAAUAAAACAUACAGAUCCAUUUUUUUAGAA